AUGUCAUCAAAUCUAGCACGUGGGGUACGUCAUGUCGUAACAAUGAACGAGAGUCGAGAUAAAUGAAAAUUGGCUGGUCUUGCAAUCUGAAUGCAUGAUGGCCACCGCCAGUUCUCAAAGUCGACCUGCGUUACAAUUUUCCAAACUAAACUCUCAAAAGCUUCACGCAGCUUUGAGGUACUACUCUCAGGAUAUCACAAACCGUGAGGAUGAAGAACGGAACGAUGUUGUUAGACCGAAAAGAGCCUCCACAAAAACCAAGAAAGCUAAAUCCAUGGCGCGACUCAUCAACUCCAAACCCUGGUCAACUGAGCUCGAGUCUUCACUUUCAUCUCUCUCUCCUUCAAUAUCAAAAACUACCGUCUUUGAAGUUCUUCGCCUCAUUAAAACCCCAUCAAAAGCCCUUCAAUUCUUCAAUUGGGCCCCAGAAUUAGGGUUCACUCACAACGACCAAUCGUAUUUUUUAAUGCUAGAAAUCUUGGGUCGCGCUAGGAAUCUCAAUGUAGCCCGUAAUUUCCUUUUCUCCAUUAAAAGAAGGUCGAAUGGGACUGUUAAGCUUGAAGAUAGGUUCUUUAAUAGCUUAAUUAGGAGUUAUGGUAAAGCCGGGCUGUUUCAAGAAUCUGUACAGGUUUUUAAUUCGAUGAAGUCAGUUGGGGUUUCCCCAUCUGUGGUUACAUUUAAUAGUCUUUUGCUGAUUUUACUUAAACGUGGACGUACAAAUAUGGCUCAGAGUGUGUUUGAUGAAAUGCUUAGCACAUAUGGCGUUACACCUGAUACCUAUACUUUUAAUAUAUUGAUUAGAGGGUUUUGUAAGAAUUCUAUGGUCGAUGAAGGGUUUAGGUUUUUUAAAGAAAUGUCUCGUUUUAAAUGUGAUCCUGAUCUUGUAACUUAUAAUACUCUCGUUGACGGGUUGUGUAGGGCAGGGAAGGUUAAUAUAGCUCAUAAUGUGGUUAAUGGGAUGGUUAAGAAAAGCACCAAUUUGAAUCCUGAUGUUGUUACUUAUACUACUUUGGUUAGAGGGUAUUGUAUGAAGCAUGAGAUUGAUGAGGCUUUGGUUGUUUUUGAAGAAAUGGUAAGUAAAGGAUUAAAACCAAAUGAAAUUACUUACAACACACUUAUUAAGGGUCUUUGUGAGGUGCAGAAGAUUGAUAAGAUCAAACAAAUUUUUGAGGGAGCUUUAGGGGGUGGUGGAUUUAUUCCAGAUACAUGCACUCUUAACACAUUGAUGAAUGCACAUUGUAAUGCGGGGAAUUUGAAUGAUGCUCUUGAGGUUUUCGAGAAGAUGAUGGUGUUGAAUGUUCGCCCCGAUUCUGCUACUUAUAGUGUUUUGAUUAGGAAUUUGUGUCAAAGAGGGAACUUUGAGAGAGCAGAGCAGUUGUUUGAUGAACUAUCGGAGAAGGAAAUUUUGUUAAGAGAUGAUGGGUGUACGCCUCUAGUUGCAGCAUACAAAUCCAUGUUUGAGUUCUUGUGUAGAAAUGGGAAGACUGCAAAGGCAGAAAGAGUGUUUAGACAGCUAAUGAAAAGGGGAACACAAGAUCCUCUUUCUUUCAAGAUUCUGAUAAAGGGGCACUGCAGGGAAGGUACAUUUGAAGCGGGGUAUGAGCUCUUGGUCUUGAUGUUGAGAAGGGAUUUUGUGCCAGAUCUUGAAACCUAUCAGUCAUUGAUCGAUGGUCUCUUGCAGAAGGGUGAACCUCUUGUUGCCUACCAGACUCUUGAGAAGAUGAUAAAGAGCUCCCAUGUCCCUGAAACUUCUACUUUCCAUUCAAUACUUGCAAGACUUCUGGCAAAAGGUUGUGCCCAUGAAUCAGCAAGGUUUAUAAUGUUGAUGUUGGAGGGAAAAAUCAGACAAAACAUAAAUCUAUCGACACAUACUGUGAGAUUACUCUUCGGCAGUGGACUGCGUGAUAAGGCAUUUAAGAUUGUUGGUUUACUUUAUGCUAAUGGGUAUGUGGUUGACAUGGAAGAGUUGAUUGGUUUCCUUUCCCAUAAUAGAAAGUUUCUACUGGCACACAAAUUGUUACUAUUUUGUUUGGAGAAACAUCAGAAUGUCGAUAUUGAUAUGUGCGACACAGUAAUUGAAGGUCUUUGUAAAAUGAAAAGACAUUCAGAAGCAUUUGGGUUGUACUAUGAAUUGGUGGAGAAAGGCAAUAACCAACCACUGAGAUGCCUUGAGAAUCUGAGAGUUGCCUUAGAAGCUAGGGGAAGAUUAGAAGAAGUAAAGUUUCUAUCCAAGAGGAUGCCAAAUAAGCGUCAGCCAGACAAAUAUCUGGAAGUCAGCCCCAUAGCUCAGAGGCCUCAGCAAUCUUAUUAAGUUCAGGAAUACUCGGAUGCAAUGUUUCCUCACUAGAAGACUCAUGACCAGGUUCCUGAUAGGCCAUCGAACAGAACUGUUGCUCAAGAUUUUAAAUUGACCAUGCAAAAUUACAUUUCCAGAAAUGGAACUAUUGAAGUGAUAUGUUGAGUGGAAGCUCUAGCAUGGGUGCACUGCUAGUCAGACGGUGGAACUGGAGGCCUUUUAACUGGACCUGUUUGCCUGGUUAUGCAAGCAUUGUGAUCUUGCAUCUGAUGUUCUGCAGGUAACAGGAUCAAGCAUGGCGAAAGUAAUAAAUGUUUUGGAAGCAUGGCACUGUCAUUGUGGUAUUGCAAAGCGCUGAAAGAAUCUUCUUAUCUAGGCCUGCAUGGCAGUUAUUUCUUUCUAGUCCCCAGCCUUCAUCUGUUCAUGUAACAUUAUGCAUCAAUACCGUUAUGUUUUUUACUUUUGUAAUUUUGUACUUGUGUAAAUUAUAUUUUCGAAUGAGUUAAAUUCCACAUCGGACACGCA